AUGUGUCUGCCAGGCCGACCACUUAGCAACCGGCAUCGCCAUGACAUCGGUUGCGAGGCCCCAGACGCAUGUACAGCCACUUUGUCUUCUGUCUGCCCUCGAGUCCCGCGUCCAGAGCACGCUUCUAUCGACCCGCUCCGAGGGUCUGUCUGUACACGACAUGUGCGUGUGUGUGUGUGUGUGUUUGUGCAUGUGGGGGGGCGGGCCAAGGGAGGCUCGAGAAAGGCUUGCAGGCUUGUCUCAGACAGACGGGCUUUCAUUGUGUCUCUCAGCGCCAGUCGAGUCCACCAGCGCGUCUCUCGUAGUCACCGCAACAGCAGACGCCUCUCACUUGCAGAAAGGCCUCGACGCCCGGAAACUGGCGCCACAGUCGUCAACCCUUCAUCCGUCCGUCUGUCCUUCACUCUGUCCGUUCGUCUCUCCGUCUCUCCGUCUCUUCGUUUGUCCGUCCGUCCGUCCGUCCGUCCGUCGGCCGAGACACGCUCAUUGGGACUCGGUCCCAGGGGCUUUGCGUGA